AUGUUCUGUAGAAGCUCAAAGGUGCUGCAACGGAUAUAUAAUGGCAGACAGACGUACAGCACUGCUGGUUAUACGAGCUACUAUUUGUGUCAGCGGCUGCACACCUGCAAAUCUUUACGUAUAAAGAUAUUGAAACCAAGCCUAGUUAUAAACCAGCCAAGAUGCAUUAUCCAUACAGGUGUAGCAGUACUGAAGGAAGAGGAAGUCAAAGCGCCCACGUAUCCAGAUUCUGUGACUUCAGGCGACGUCAAGUACGUUAAAAAGGAAGGUGAUGCAGUGGCUAUGGACGAGGUCGUCAUGGAGAUUGAGACAGAUAAGACAGCCCUGCCAGUUAUGUCUCCAGGCCACGGUGUCAUCACCAAGAUGCUUGUCAAGCCUGGCCAGUCAGUCAAGUCACAACAACCACUCAUGAUUGUGAAUGUAACAGGACAAGCCCCUGUCAAAGCUGCAGCAGCAGCACCAGCAGCACCAGCACCUAAAGCUGCGGCGCCGGCUUCCUCCUCCGUCGCAGCGGCCAGGCCGGCUCCUAGGCCUGCUCCUGCUGCCUCGAGGGCACCAGCUGGACCAACUGCUGCAUCACUUAAGAUAGGUGACCCAACAAAAACCAUAUCAGGUUCACGAACAGAACAUCCAGUCCCGAUGAACAAAAUGAGACAACGAAUCGCCGAACGACUAAAAGAGGCCCAAAAUACAACAGCCAUGUUAACUACCUUCAACGAGUGUGAUAUGAGUAACCUGAUGGCGUUUCGUAAAGCGAAUUUAGAAACAUUCACUAAAAAGUACGGAGUAAAACUAUCGUUCAUGUCACCAUUUCUGAAGGCGGCGGCCAAUGCACUCAUGAACCAGCCAGUUGUCAAUGCUGUCAUCAUCGGCAGUGAUAUAGUUUACAGGGACUAUGUGGACAUAUCAGUGGCGGUGGCCACGCCCCGAGGUUUAGUUGUACCCAUAAUACGCAAUGUGGACUCAAUGGACUACCCGCAAAUCGAACUUGCAAUGGGGCAAAUGGCGGCAAAAGCGCGAGAAGGUAGGCUUACACAAGCGGAUAUGACUGGUGGAACAUUCACUAUAAGCAACGGCGGAGUGUUUGGAUCAUUGUUGUCUAUGCCCAUCAUCAACUUACCACAGUCGUCCAUUUUGGGCAUGCAUGCGAUAUUCCAGAGACCUGUUGCUAUCAAUAAGAAGGUUGAAAUAAGACCCAUGAUGUACCUCGCGUUAUCCUACGACCAUAGACUCAUAGACGGUCGCGAAGCUGUGCUAUUCCUGCGCAAAAUUAAAUCUGGCGUUGAAGACCCCACGUCCAUUUUAGCCGGCAUUUGA